AGCUGGAGGAGAGAAAAGGAGGAGAUACUUACAGUGGCGCCGGCGGCCUGGGGUUGCGAAUGGGAGGUCGGACGACGAGUAGCGGCAGUAGCAGCGGCGAAGAAGAAGGAGAUGCAGAGUGGAAAGCAGCCAUUGCAUCAAUAGCUGCCACCACUCCUUUUGCCACUAAUGGCUUCAACAAUUCCUCCUCCGGUGGCUCUGCAACAAAGACAUCAAGCAAACCUUUUUCCCAUUCUUCUCCAGGUGCACAAGACGAUGGAGAGCAGCAGCAUCAACCCCAAAAGCUCAAGAGCUACCAAAUCAAGGCACAAAAGAUUUUGAAUGGCAUGUUAGAGAAGAGCUUAGAGUUUGUAAGAGAUACCAAUAAGUUCCCAGAAAGUGACCCCAGGGAAAAAGAUAAUGGAGUUCAAUUAUUUAAAAAUUCACCUCAUGGAAUAGUUUUUGACCAUGUGGGUAACCAGCAGCUACCCAGAAAGAGACCAAAAAUCCUUCCUGAAAGAGGAAUUGAUGAGAAACCAAAGAAGGUUUGGCUGUAUAUUUGGAAAUAUUUUUGCUUGCAUUUAAUUCAUUUUCACUCUUCAUUGUUUUAUGUAUAUUCAGUUUUUUUCCCCAAAAUGCUUCAUGGUGGUAUGCAGUUUAGACAACGACUCAAAACUGUAGCUGUGGAUGGGAAUGAUAUUUUAGCUGCAGCGCAAGUUGCAAGCCAAAAAUCAUUAGCUAGGCUAGAAGCUAAAGAGGCAGCUGCAAAAGCAAAAGCCAAAAGAGAAGAAGAAAGAGUGGCUGAACUGAAGAAGAUCAGGGGUGAGAGGUGGCUUCCUGCAAUUGCAAAGGAGAUGCAGUUAAACAAAAGUUCUGGGAGACAACUAUAGACGAUUAUGCCCAGUGGUUUUGGAACAUUCAUUUUUACCUUGGGUUGAAACCGAUCCAAAGGCCAUCUGUUGCUGAAUCUAGAAUUGAGCCUAUUUUUGUGGUACAUUCCCAAUUAUUGUAUUAUUGAACCUCUUGAAAUGUUUUGAAAUACUAUAUUUUAGAUAGUGGCUAAAGCCAUGAUGCUUUUUUUUUUUUAUGAUUGAACAAUACCAAUAUGGAUUG